UGCGUGUGUGUGCGUGUGUGUUCGGGCACAUGUGCAUAUGGGUUGAGGGCUUGUUUUUUAACAUGGCUGAUCUCCGGCAUCCUAGGACUUGUCUUGCCACUGGGGUCAUAGGUCUCCUGGAACCAUCCACAGAACCCCGAUGGGCCCCUUGGUAGGCCCAUGUUAACCCCGUAAAUGCCAUAACUGAUGAUGACUCCGACCUUCCCUCCUGUAACCCUUACCCCAACUCCCUCAUUCUCCCUCUUUGGGUAAACCAUGACUUGUUUAUUUACUGGACUCUGUAACCUGAAGCCAGGCAGCUAUGCAGCGCGUGAUAUUAAUGGCACCGCCAUGACACCUGUCAGAGGCGAAAUCUCAAGCCAUAUGAAGAAGACUCCUUCUUGCCUUUUUUCUUUCUUUCUUUUAUUCUUUUUCCACCUCAACCCAAGCUGUGUUUGGCUGCGGCCCCUGGUCCGAGCAGCGGCUUGACAGCUGUGUAAAUGGGAACCGGACACCAGGUCCCACAGCGCACCCCGCAGGUGCUGCCCAGCUACUCAAUGGCACCUUGACGGAAGUAGCAGGUGGCAGCCUGGCUCCCAUCAGCAGCUCCCGAGAUGUCAGUGAAGUGCAAAUGACAGGAAACUACUGUGACCGGAGAGAGGCCUGUUUCCAGAUAGCCACGGCUCCAUCUUAUCUCACUAAUUAUAAUUGCAGACCUUUUCAACUUUCUGGCUCACAGCUUUACUAGGAUCGACAUGUUCAGCCAGGAUGAAGUAGGUGAGGAUUAAUUGCCACAGACUUUUAUAAGACUCAGGACAAGAGAGUGCUAUUCCUGUCAGCUGUGAAUUAGCUCUCUGUGGGCUUUCAUGCAACGAAUCCAAGUCUAGAGAUAAAGCCUGGCAGCAUAGUGUUAGUUCAUGUGACAAGGAGGCGUGGCCAAGGGGUUCCACACUGUAAUGAUAGGCCCAAAGCUUGUCACUUUCAUAAGAAAGUCAUCUCGACAUUCACUAACAUUAAGACAGCUCAUUUCUCCUAUCCCCGUAUGGGGCUCCUUAGCCAGUCCAGAAAGCCUUCUCCUGAUUGUGUGUAUUUUGGGACAGAUGGUCCCGCUGUACCCAGGCAGCUUCAAUCCUGGCGUCCUUUUACAGGGUGCCCCUGCAGGAGCAGUAAGAGGCUGUUGGCACUGCCCGUGUCAACCGGGUGUCCUUUUCGCCCAGCUUACCCUCUUGUCAGCCAGAGACAAAGGUGUCAUGAGACAGGCCUAAAUCAGAGUUGCUCCUCCCCUACUAUGGCAUUCUGUUGGAGACUUGCUGUCGCCACAGGGAAAACAGACCCUGGUGUGCGGUGGGGGUCACAUCUAAGUUCGGGAAUAGCUCCCUAAAACCCGAUCUGCCCUAGCACUCAGCAACUAUGCAAAUAAGACCCUCUUGGCCCAAGAGCUCCGCCCACUGCCCUAAUUAAAACACAUCCUGACAAUCAGGGGAGCAAAGAACUGUGAGGAGCGGGAAUUUACUUACUUGAGUUUCUAGGCGAGAGGGGAAGGGUGGUGGGGGUUGUGUGGUAGUCAUUCCACAAGGCAUUUCACUCAAAAUUACUUCCCAGUUCACGCAGCCUCCAAGGUUAACAGGAAGUGUUUUCUCUUGAGGUUUCCCCCACAAGCAACAGCUUCCCUUUUGCCUGAAGGAUUGCAUUUGUAACUGGAGCCAUAGGGAAAAACCUGCAUUUUUCAAAGACCCUCCACUCCCAGCCACACCCUUGUGUGCUCUGUGCUGGCUGUUCACAGGCACUGAAGGAAUCAAGAUGUAUGGUGUCUGGCAAGCAGUGGGCAGGAAGGGUUGACCUAGCAGCAGAACAUAGUGGGCUCUUCCAGUGUGUUUUGUUUCCCAACUAGACUAAACAGCAGCAGCAGGUGAAAAUGUAAGAGGGAACAAAAUCAAAACAAAAAACAAAAGGUCAUUGGGUCUGGCAUCCUGGCUUCCUUAAUUGCUACUGACAGAAGAUAUGUAGCUUGACAUCCCGCUGUUUCCUAGCCUGACCCCACAUGUACUAAAGACAGGGCUUGCUGGCUUGAAUGGAAAAUACUCAGCAUUGAUUCUGCCUGGGGCCUGUGACUGCUGGUAAUUUAGAAAAGCAGUUGCAGAUAAAUAAAAUCCAAAUGUACAUAAAAUACGUCUUCACCUUGGAGGGUCCAUGGCUUUGCAUAAAGCUCAGCUGUGGGCCUCUCCCCCAAAGACCACUCCCACUCCAAACAUCCUGGUCUCGAGGCCCCCAUUGGCUAACAGAGCCCACUGUGGCUUCUGCUGAGACACCAUGUCCUUUCUGCACCUGUCAGAGUGGCCCAUUAAUUUCCAUGGUGACAGGGAGCUCCGGCUUGGCCCGUAGAAGCACCGUGGCCGAUAUAAAUCAGGCAAAUUCCUGCCGGGUUCUGGCACACUGGCCCGAGACCAGAACCCAGGGUCCCCUGGGAAUUUAGGGGAGGGAAGUCGAUGUGAAUGGCAUGUGAAACAAUAGCAGGAAAAUAUUCCCCAAAAAGGUUGAUGGAAAAUUCACAGCCGUGGACACGUCCUGUGAUUUUGCAGUUGUAUUUCAUUUGCAGCAGCAGUUUACAGAGGAUUUUCUUAAUAUGAUCUUAGUGACGUUCAAGCCACUACCAUGUGACAAGUGUGGCUGAUGUAGCUGCAGUGGUGACAUAAUUAACACAACCUUUCCUCAAUGCCCAGCAGCAUUCAUGUUGAUGGCUUCAUUACUGCUCCAGAAAGAGUCAGUCUUCUAGGCUGUCCUCCUGGUGGAUGAGGUUCUUUUUUGGGUCUCUGGCUCUAAAUGUCUUGAAAUAAAUUUGAUUUGUGACAAGCAUUAGUUAACAUAAAACUCUAUUCAGAAUAAAAAAGAACACCUCUCUAGCCAGAAGUUUUUUUUCCCAAAAUGCUCAGGAGAAUAGAAUACCUAGUUUUAUGUUGGGAAAGCUAUCUCUUAAAUAUGGUUAAAUAUGGUCCUCAUUAGAUGAGUGCAGUAGUAAUCCCUCUUUUAUUCUUUUCUCUGCCUUUGUUCAUAACGUGGUGGGCUUCCAAAAUAAUGCGUCAUUCCUGAUUGGAGUGGAAUGAGGGGAACCUCCGUGAGCCCGUCUAAUUACUGCACCUGCAUCCUGAAGAGCCUAAAACAACCUCAAAAGGAUGGAGAGGGAGAGAGAUACAGAAGGAGAAAUGUGUGGGUCCAGAACAAGCCUGAAAAGAAACCGGGAACCCCGCCUCCAGCCCCUGUCCCAGCACCGUCCACCCCUACCCCCCGUCCACCCACACCGCCGCCUGCCAGCAAAAUAGUGGUCGCACCCCCUCCCAGCUCCAUACACAUUCCACGCUUCUAUUUUCCCAAAGGACUUCCGAACGGCAGCGCCAACUUUGACGAAGCCAUCAGCAAAGUGGAAACGGCUUUCACGGAGUUCGAGGAAGAGAAGGCCGAUAUUUACGAAAUGGGAAAGAUUGCGAAGGCAUGUGGCUGCCCACUCUACUGGAAGGCCCCAUUGUUCAACAGCGCUGGGGGGGAGAGAACGGGAUUCGUCUCCGUUCACUCGUUUAUUGCGAUGUGGAGGAAGUUGUUACACAGCUGCUACGAUGACGCUUCCAAGUUUGUUUACUUGCUAGCAAAGCCAGGCUGCGACUACCUGGAGCAGGAGGACUUCAUCCCACUGUUACAGGACAUCGUGGACACUCAUCCAGGGCUGACGUUUUUGAAGGACGCCCCUGAAUUCCAUUCCCGGUACAUUACCACGGUGAUUCAGAGGAUAUUCUACACAGUCAACCGCUCCUGGACAGGGCGGAUCACCAUGACUGAGCUGCGGAAGAGCAACUUCCUGCAGACCUUAGCCCUGCUGGAGGAAGAGGACGAUAUUAAUCAGAUCACAGACUACUUCUCCUAUGAACACUUCUAUGUCAUUUACUGUAAGUUCUGGGAGCUGGACACUGAUCAUGACCUCUUCAUUGAUCAUAAGGACCUGGCGAGAUAUAAUGACCACGCCUCAUCCAACAGGAUAAUAGAGCGUCUGUUUUCUGGAGCAGUCACCAGAGGAAACUCAGUGCAGAAGGAGGGAAGGAUGAGCUACGCAGACUUUGUUUGGUUCCUCAUCUCAGAAGAGGAUAAGAAGAACCUCACAAGUGUGGAGUACUGGUUUCGAUGCAUGGACCUGGAUGGGGACGGGGUCCUGUCCAUGUUUGAGCUGGAGUACUUCUACGAGGAGCAGUGUGAGCGCAUGGAGGGCAUGGGAAUCGAACCGCUGCCCUUCCACGAUCUGCUGUGCCAGAUGCUGGACCUGGUCAAGCCUGAGUGCCAAGGGAAAAUAACCCUUCAUGACCUGAAACGGUGCAGGAUGGCUCACAUAUUCUAUGACACGUUCUUUAACCUGGAGAAGUACCUGGACCAUGAGCAGAGAGAUCCCUUUGCAGUGCAAAAGGAUUUGGACAGCGAGUGUCCGGAGCCCUCCGACUGGGACAAGUACGCAGCGGAGGAGUAUGAGAUUCUGGUGGCAGAAGAGACAGCCAAUGAGCAGCUGCAGGAGGGGUCCUUUGAGGAUGACUAUGAAUCUGAUGAGCUCACUGUCCCAUCAGAAAUUGGAAAUAAGAUGGACAAACUGGUCAUAUCAGACUUGUCGGCGUGAUACGCCCGCAUCCUACCCAUAAGCCACUGCCUAUGGUCCUUGUGAUUACAAAAAGGGAAAAAAAACAUCACCUUUUAAGCUAUGACUCCAUUACUCUUUCGAAGGGAAUUACGCUUUUUUCUACACUUUGAAAAGACUGUGUGUGCAAUAGAACGGCUUCUAAACCAAAAGGCUUUUUUUGUGUUGUGUAAUAUGUCUUAACAUGUAGAUUUAGAGCAUCUGUUAGUAUCAGUUUUUUUUCUUUAUCUGUUUUUUUCUCUUUCCAUUCAUCAUAAACUGCCGGCAGAUUUCUUUUUUUUUUUCUUCUUCAUUUUUUGUAAUCGGGGGUUAAAUUAUUACCUGUUUAACAGCUGUGGAUCUUCUGGAUUGAAAGCUGCAUUAUGCCUGAGAAAUAUCUGCAUCUCCCAGCUGUGAUUGUGAAGUUUUUUUUUAUGUUCCCAGAUUCUGUACAAUAUUUAUGUUUUGUUGUUUUUGAAGUUUUUUUUUUUUUUUAACAAUGGUGUUUCAAGACAUUUCAACUCUGUCCUAGUACAUUAGUUUUUGAUGGUAAUCAGUUUCAACCUCAUCCAGGUCAUUAUGGUAUGAUCUCUACUGUAAAGUGGGUUUUGUUUUGUUUGUUAUUAUAUACGCAUGGGACACGGGGUGUGAAAUGUGAACACAUGAAUGCUCUCGCUGCAUCAAAAUGGUUUCAAUUCAAUGUCACAAAUAACUUGUUCUUUUCUGCCACCCUGUGGUCAUAUGUGGUAUCGUGGUGAAGCUGGCCAAGGCACAGUAUGUGUAUCUCAGAAGAGGAAUAAUUUUUCACAAGUCUGAAAAGUGUAGUCAGUUUAAUGAAUUGCCUGUAUUAUGUACACAAAACUCAUAUGUUACAGUUUAGCAAAGCAGAUAUUUUUAUAGAAAUUGCGAAACUUUCAUUACACACAGUUCCAGACACCAUUUCAGUCUUUGUUUCAGUGAUUUUUUAAAAUCAGUUAUCUUAAUAUAUUUGAUUAUAUCUGGCAAAAAACAGCCUAUAUAGGCUAUUAUAGCUGUAUAUCGGUUGUCAAAAGAUUAGCCAAUAUGGAAAACAAAUCCUGAUUUAAAAUCAGUGUUAACUUUUUGUGGUUAACUUAUGUGGCUUGAAGAGUGAAAUAUUUGAAGAUCACUUUUAAAAAAAAUUUUUUUAGAAAAUGGAUCUGUAAAACAUAGCUACACGUGUAGCGGAAAUGAAGAUGUUAUAAUUAUCAUCAGACGUUGCCAACAAAAACGUGUGGUUAAGAGGAAGACGGCAACAAUUUUCAAAUAUUUUUUUCUAUGCAUAGUCAUAGUCAAGGUCCGAAUGAAGCCAAGUAAUUUUUAUAGUUUGUUGUACAGGUACAUCCUGAAAGCUCACAUGUAAAUAAGACGUAAAUAGAUCAUCAUUGUUUUAAGGUACUAUUUAUUUCCCUGUAUGUUGCAAAACCCUCCGCUCUGACUUGCUGAUAAUUAAGCCUGGUAGAUACUGUCAAACCAGAGUAUUGCACUGUGUUUAGUUUACAGAAUGUAGUGCGCAUUGCUGGUGGACACCUCAGUUUGAUAAUAUUAUUCACGGUACCUGUACUCCGUCUUCUGUCAAUAAUGUGGCCCCUGCCUCAGGAGUAGCCUGUCACAGCGAAUCACACGUCAGAUUAUAUACAUACAAAUCAUAAAUAAAUGUGUCUGUAUUUUAUCACUGCCUUAAUUCCGCGAUGCGCGCUCACACUGUGACAUAGAGAGGAUAGAUCUCUGAGCACGCUCUGUAGUUCUUGGGUGCGCACUCCCUUUAGAUUCAACACUCCACGGUCUUUUUGUGUGUGUGUGUGUGUGGUGUGUUUUCUCGGUAACCAGCGACCAACUGGUGGCCUCUGCUUUCUCACACCACUUCAUCUCCCGUGAACAACUUUUAAUCUAACAUCAGGUGUCAGUGAAACUGUUUCCCGUCCAGUCCAACCCCACUUAUUACUGUUCACACGUUUUUGUAAUUAGUGUAAGAUAUAGGCUAUUGCAAGGACGUUGUAACAUGCCUAUAUGCACGUUGCUUUAGCUAGUACAAACGUUUUUAAUUUUCCUAUCAAGAUUUUUUCUAAAAAGCCACUGUAAAUCUCUAUGUAUUUUAUUUCCCAAGUGAACUUCUCUGCCACUGAGUGGCAGAGGAUUUUUAAAUUAUAAUUAUUCUAUUACUGCCAGUGUUAUAUGUACAUCAAGCUUAAAGGGUGGAAUUUUACUGGGUUCUAUCUGAAUUCACUGUACGAAGACAAUCAACUGGACGUUUUACGAGGAUGUUUGAUGUUGAAGUAGCACUUGUUGUUUAGCUGAGGUAACUUUCGAAGCAAUAAAACUGCUGUAAUGAUGAUAACGUAUCGAGGAGAUAUUUUACAACAAAAAAAAAAAGCCUCAAUCAAAACUUGAUAUUUACGUUUUAAAAUAUGUGAUUUGUACCACUAAUAUUCUAGUUCUAUGCAACUCCAGGUCUACAGAAAAGGCAGCUGUGAAUAAGAUGAACUGACUGCUGAAACCGGGAACCUUUCGUUUCACUCAUGUCCCUUUGAAUUCUCCCAAGUGUAGCCUAUUUCUAAUUCAUGUAGGCCUAUGUCUUUUUCUUUUCUUCUUUUUUUCUUUUAUUGCAGAUGAUAAGGAGUUGAGGGUUUUCCCACCAGGACAUAUCCUAACUAUACUGUGCUUGUGUUUCGCAUGGCUUUUUUUCUUUGAAAUUCGAAAAUAAAGACAUUUUAAAGCUAUA